AUGGCGGCCAGCAAAGCUGGUGCGGUUCUCGCAAAGAUACUCGGUAUCGAUCUUGAAGCCAGCACCCGCCACCAGACACAAGAACUCCACGACCACGUUGUCGGCGCCAUUUCACCAUACGAACCAUACUAUGAGGAGGAUCCCACAGUGAAGGAAUGGUUACUAGAGCAAGUACCAACAAAAGAAGGCUCGGCUCGAUACGUGAAAAGCCUUUUUCCCUUUACGAAAUGGAUCCUCCGAUACAACACUCGCUGGCUCAUUUCCGACGCUAUUGCGGGUAUCACUCUUGGACUCGUAGUCAUCCCACAAGCCAUGGCUUACGCUCUUCUCGCCCGCCUAAGCCCCGAAUAUGGACUUUACACAUCAUUCACCGGCGCAGCUCUUUACUGGAUCUUCGGAACCUCAAAAGACAUUGCGAUAGGAGCAACCGCCGUCGUGUCCCUCCUCGUCGGAAAAGUCAGCGCCAAAGUCCUCGAAGAACACCCAGGCGAAUUCCAACCCGAAGAAAUCUCCAAAACCCUCGCCUUCCUCGCCGGCGCCGUGCUCCUCGUCUUCGGCGUCCUCCGCCUCGACUGGAUUAUCGAGUUCAUCCCUCAUGUCGCCAUCUCCGCAUUUGUCACCGGCGCCGCUAUCACAAUCACGCUCAGCCAGAUCCCAUCCCUCCUUGGCAUUGAUGGUGUCAACUCCAAAGAGGCUGCUUAUCGUGUCUUUAUCAACACGGCUCGUGGCCUGCCCCACGUCAAGCUCGAUGCCGCCAUUGGGCUGACUGCUCUAGUGCUAUUAGCUGCCAUCAAGUGGUACACGGAGCGCAUGGCCAGGUCCCAGCCGAAGCGGAAGCGCAUGUGGGAGAUGCUCUGCUCGCUGCGCAUGACUUUUACUAUCUUGCUGUAUACACUCAUCAGCUUCUUGGUGAACCGCGGGCUAGAGAACGGGGAGCACAAGUUUCGCAUAACUGGAACACUGCCAAAAGGCUUCACGCACGCUGGUCCGCCUUCGUUAAAUACUAAGUUGAUCUCGGCGUUGCUGCCAGAUCUACCGGCCACAGUCAUCAUCCUUGUGAUUGAGCACAUUGCUAUCGGCAAGUCGUUUGGUCGCAUUAACAACUAUACCGUUCAGCCAUCUCAAGAGCUCAUCUCAAUCGGAUGCACCAACCUAUUCGGCCCCUUUCUUGGCGCAUACUCCUCGACAGGUUCCUUCGGCGGCACCGCAAUUCUCUCAAAAGCCGGUGUAAGGACCCCCAUGGCCGGCGUCUUCAACGGAGCGAUCCUCCUCCUCGCCUUAUAUACCCUCACCUCAGUACUCUACUACAUCCCCAUGGCCAGCCUAGCAGCUCUCAUCAUCCACGCCGUGAUCAACCUCAUAACCUCUCCAGACCACAUCUUCAAGUCAUGGCUCAUGUCACCCCCCGACGUCUUCAUCUACUUCAUCGGCGUCUUCGUCUCCAUCUUCACCAGCCUCGAAGACGGCAUCUACGUCACUGUAGCCUUGUCCGCAGCCCUCCUUCUCCUCCGCCUCGCCCGCUCCAAAGGCCGCCUCCUCGGCCGCGCACGCGUCUAUCAGCACCCAGACCACCACGCCGGCGCCACCCCCGAUCACAAAGACUCGGACCGCCACUCUAUCAGCAGCUCGCAGACCCUCUCGCACGGCAAGGCUCCUCCGUCGCCCCGACUCCCGGCAGCACACGACGUCUUUCUCCCGCUAGAUCGCAAAGAUGGCACCAAUCCCGUUGUACAAGUCAACGAUUUAUACCCAGGCGUCUUCAUCUACUGUUUCACCGAGGGCUUUAAUUACCUCAACCAAGCACAGUAUGUCGAUCGCCUAAUCGAGCAUGUCAGGCAAUCCACCCGCCAGACCACGACACCGCACUACGAUCAUCCAGGCGACCGCCCCUGGAACGAGCCCGUCCCGCCCUCGACAGUCGAAACCGACACCGAGGCCCCGUCGUUACUGAAGCCGAUCCUUCGGGCCGUCAUCCUGGACUGCGCGGCCGUCAACAAUAUGGACUCAGGCGCCGUGGAGGGCUUGAUUGACCUACGGAACCAACUCGACAGGUGGGCGGCGCCGGAGCCGGUGGAGUGGCAUUUCGCCGGCGUGCAUAAUCGAUGGACGCGGCGCGCGCUGUCGGUAUCUGGGUUUGGGUGUCCGAAGACAGGACACUUGGAUGGGUGGGAGCCGGUUUUCAGUCUGGCUGAUUUGGCGGGACGGCCGCCGAUGAUGUGCGAGCAGCAAGUCGUAACGACGAGGUCGAAGUCGGUGGGUGUGGCGAGCGAUUCAGAGCAGUCUUCGUCGUCAGUGUUGGAGCAGGGUGUUUUGGGGUCCAAGGAGGGAGGGGUUCGGCACCUCGGGGCUGUCGGUGCUAUCAACAGACCGUUCUUCCAUCUCGACCUCCCUCUGGCGGUUGAAAGUGCUGUCAAGAGUGCACGAACGAGGGAUCAUCGACUGCAGAUUUGAAGUACACGGUCAUGUGUUGGCAUUGUCACGUUGGAUGUGCGCUCAUAGCCGUCCGGAAGAUGAUGUGUGAUUUCCAUGUGUUUGAAUGAUAUUAGAAUACUUUAGAUACUCCAAUAGCAUGUUAGUUUAAUUUGAUGAAAAAUUCUCUUUGAAC